AUGAGCCAGGCGGCGCUGCGGGUCCCGCUAGGCUUUGUGCCGCGCGCGCCGCAGGGAAGCGCGCAGGCAUGGGAGAGUGUAUGGAUUGAAAAUAAAAGUGAUACCGGCGAAAACGGAGUAGAAAACGACGCGUGGGUCGAGGACGGAGACGAGACGGCGCCGCACGCUUCGUGCACGGCUUCCUACUAUCUCGCCCAGGCGCCCGGUACGGGGGCGGGUGAGGUCUACAUUGCCGUGGGAUACUCGGAAGGGACUGUGCGCAUGUUUGCUGCGCCGGUAGACAAAAAUACACCGCCGGCGCAGGACGACGUGCACGAACGCCCGGUACGACAUGCGCACGGCCACCGCCGGUCGUCCCGCACGACGCUCCCGGGCUCGACGUCGCCUUAUUCGCCCAGCAGUGCUUCGAUUUGGCCGCCUAUGAGCGACGUGACACCGUCCGAUGCGACGACCAAGACGAGCGCCAGCACGGCGUCGUCCAGCAUCUCGCCGUCGUCGCCUACCCACACUAGCGUCUCGGACGGGCCGACACAGUCCAUGUCACAAGACGUUGCGCAGUUCACGCCAAAGCACGAAAAUGCAGAGGCGCUACUCGAGGCGCAGUACCACGCAACCGCGUCGCCUUGCGUCAUUGCGCACUCGGGUGAAGCACGGCAGUCGCACGUCCACGAGCACCAUGACGCACCCAAGCACCGCGACCGCCUCCAUUCGCUUUGGGAGCGGCGAUCGUCGGGGGGAAUGAGCGACCCGGCACCGCUCUCGGAUAGGCCGAGCGAGGCACCGAGCGUCGAGCCAGUCAUUGAUACCCAUCUCGUACGCGCGCCGCUGCUCGUGCGCUCGCUGUACACCCCGGACGCGUCGCGCGUCACUGCGUUGCUGGUCGACGACCGGCCGAACGAUGCCGUGCUUCCGGCGCAGCUUCUCGUCCAGCAGGCUUCGGGACGUGUGACGGCGUGGUCGCUUCCUCUCCUCCAGUUCCUAGGUACCGUGCAGCUGCGUGUGAUGCAGCACAGCGCACCGGGCGCCGAGCACGAAGUCCAGUUUGUGUUUGAGCGCCAGGCGACCGAGCUGGGCUCGCAACUCCUGCAGCCGGUCGACGCGUACAUGCACAUGGCCCGCCUUACGCCAUGCGCCGCGCCGACGCUCGUCUUGCAUCCUCUUCCAGUACUUGGCAGCAGCGAGCAGGUGCCGCUCUUGACCUGGGCCGAGUACAAAGAGUGGCCGUCGCGCAUUUUCGUGCUACGCACCGAUCCCGUGCGGAGUACGCUGGCUGUGUGUGCGGUGCUGCAUGCUCCCGACGUUUUGCAACGCACGCUCUGCCUCUCGCUCGAAGACAAGCCGCAUUUGCUGCUGUAUGCUGCGGGCGACGAGCUUGUGCGCGAGACCUACGCGCUCGGCGACUUGACGCAGUUUUGCCAAGGACUGUCGAUGCCGGCGCCGCGGCCUGCGCCGAACGGUGCGCCGUCUGGGACCUCGACGCCGGUCCAUGCGCCGCCGGGUCGCCUCUCGCUGAAGCACCUCGGUCUGCUACUUCCGGCAUGGACUAUGCCGAAGCACGAGCCGACGGUGAGCCACGAGAGCAGCCGCGAAGAGAUGCUUGCGCCCUUGCCUGAUGCUCACAAGAGGCGACUCACGGAGCUUGUUACUACAGCACAGACCGCGCCCGAGACGUCGCAGCGUGCAUUGGCCGAGGCUACGGUCCUUGCCGCGGCGGUCGUCGGCUCAACGUGUGCGCUUGCGCUGCAUGCGUCCGAAUCGGCGCUGCUCUUGGUCGACGGAGAGCUGGAGCAGCCGUAUCUGCACCUUCUUCCUAGUCGUCCUAUCUCGCUCCUACCCAUGGAGCGCACAGGGAGCCUUGGCGUGCUAUGCCAGCACACGGACCACAUCCAAUGCACGGCCGAGGUCACCGAUGCGCCGCCCAACUCGCUCGCGGUGGCCGCUGCCGGUUCGCUCCUGUCUGUUCCGCUGGCCGACACGAAGCCGGAUAGCACGCACACGGCGCCCUCGGCGGUACUUCCGCUGAGCCUGACCAAAGUGAUCCUUGCCGAAUGUAAGUGUGUCCAUGCUAACGCAGCCACUGGCCUAAUUUCUAUGCCCCUGACGCAACUCUUUAGCGAUACGCCGCUGGCGACCGCACAGCCACUGCCGUGGGACGCCCCGCUGACGCUCCUACAGCAGGUUGCCAAUCCCCGGACGGGCACGCGCCAUAUCCUUGGUGGAUCCGCCGCGGGCGAUAUCGCGCUUUGGAACGACGGCACAUCGGCGCUGCUGGCCCUCGACGAUCUCCGGCUUGUGCAAAUGUUCCCUGGCUGCGGCGCACCACUUGUACAGAUUGCAGUGCGAGGCAGCGAGCUGCUGCUGGCGUACGGCGAGCGCCGCGCACGGAUCUGGUCGCUUUCCUCGCAAGAGCUUGUGCGGAGCGCCACCGCCGAGCAGCUCUGGAUGCUCGUUGCACAGGCCGACGAGGCCGGCGAGGCGUGGCUGCGUCUCCCUGUUCCUCCCGCGCCACGCAGUGCGCCAGGGCGCGUCGACAAAAGUGCACAGAGCGGUAUGCUGUCUGCGUGUGGCGCGGUGGCCGAGGGUGCAGUGCCGAUCAUCUUGGCCGAUAUUCGAAAAGCACUCGACGUUGCGUGCAAGACGCUGCGUCCCGCACUGGGCGCCAGCUCGCUCUCGUCUGCGCUCGAUGCCUACACACGGCACAUGCACGACGAAGCGUCCGCCCGCACCGAGGCGCCGCUCGCCGACGAGGCUGCUGCCGCCAAGCUCCUCACGACGCUGCGACCCCUUUUUGCCCUGUUCCUGCCGAGCGACCUAGACCAGGUCUUUGCGCAGCUGCAGGAAAAGACCUGCGAGGCCCAGACGCCUGCGAUCGUGUUAGUGCCUGGUGCGCUGGGCUUGCCUGGGUUUGUAAGCGAGGCGGCGGGCGACCAAGCGACGCGGUCCUCGCUUCGCUUCUGCCUGACACCCGAGGCCAGCGCACAACACUUGCUGACGCUCACGACGCUCCUGCUGCUCGCGAGUGCCGUUCCGUCGGUACACCAUGCCUGCCGCUCGGUGCUCGAUGCACUUCUGACGCCCGCCUUUCUCGCAUCGGCCGUCGGGUCCGACGCUUUUGCCCCCCCGAGUCUCGCGGUCCUCGCGCAGUUUAUUAUGGACGAGAACGAGGUGCUACGUACCGCAGCUGCGCUCCUUUUCCGCGCAUACGCUGCUGCAGCGAGCGAAAGCGAGCUCGCGCGGCUCGCUACUGUCUAUGCCCCCGUCGCCUACAAGCUAGACGCGGACGAGGCCCCCCAUGCCGUGCUGCUGCUCGGCCUUGUGGCGUCUGCGCGCUACGCCUACUUUUCGCCUGCGCUCCUGAAACAGAUCUCGGUCGGCGUCGCACAGUACCUCGCGGCGCCUGUCUACCGCCCGGAAGGUGCGCGGCGUGCGUACGUCGCGCUCGAGCUGUGCUGCCACGGCUGCGGCAUCUGGCAGCACUAUGUCGAUGCGAUUGCGCUGGUGCGUGGCAUCUUUUGCAUUGCGACGCAGCCUGAGGAGGCAGCAGCCGGCGACCAUGCCCCCGCGAUCAAGCUCAGUGGCCUGUCGCUGCGUGGCCUCGCGCGCCGAGCGACGCUGGAGCUAGCUGCCAAGCACAGCGCGCUCUUUAUGAGCACGUUGGCGAUGGACAUCUUGCACGCGACGUCGGUCGAGCAGGGCCAAGUCACGCUGCGCCUUGUCGCCUUUAUGAUCCGUCAAAAGCCGCUGGUUCUGUACCCCAGUCUCCCCCGGCUUGUGGAAGCCGUGGUCAAAUCACUGGACCCCACGGCCGGCGCGAUGCGCACGGCGAUGGCCAAAUCGGCGACGUUGAUGAUCAACGAACUGCCUGUCCUGCCGAUCCCGGCGGAGAGCAACCCGCUGCCGGCGAUCGUGCCGAAGCUGCCCUCCCUGCUCGAUCUUGUCCCGAUCAAGUUCCCCAAGUAUAAUGUCGUGACGCGGUUCGCCCACCAGCUUGGACUCGAGACGGCCGAGUACCCUCCUAUUAACCUGAGCAUGACGCAGUACUUCGACGAGUCACUCCGCUUUGCGCUAGACGGCGCCGUGCUGGCGACGAUCGUCUACAUGGUCCACCUGAUCACUGCUCGGGCACCACCCGCCGUCCGCCGUGCUGGGGCGUUUGCCGCCUCCGGCGUGCUGCUCACUUGGCCGCUGCUGGUUGGCACGGGCGAGUCGGCCCUGCUCAACUUUAUGCGUCCGGCGAUCGGUUUCCGUUCGUCGCUGCUGGCCUGGGACAUUCUCCAGAUCCGCUCCGUGCAAGAGGUCCAGUCGUGGUCGCUCAUCGAGUUUGUCGGCUACCUGUGCUUUUUCCCGGUCGAGAAGGAAGUAUUGGAGGAGCGUGAGAAGCGGGAAGGCUUCAAGCGCAACGCCCGCCUCCAGUGCCUGAAGCAAUUCCCCACGGCUCUCUGCCAGUUGUUCUUUGCUUGCGUCUUUUUGCUCUUUAUCCCGCCCCGUGAACAUGUGAACGAAAUCAGCAAUGUCGUGUACUGCCUGUACAGCGUUCUGAUGGGCGUCGAGGUCUUUUUGAUCCUUUCGUCACUGGGCCUGUUAGUCAUGAACCUCUUUGGUCUCGUGGUCGGGAUGGAGCAGGAGCCCAUGUUCCAGAAUCCCUUCUUCACGACGCGCCUCCGCUUCUUCUGGUCGCGCUGGAACCGGGCGAUUGCUACGGUGCUCCACCGCGUCAUCUUUGGCGGCCGCGAGACCUACAAGACGCUCGAGGAGCGCAAGGCCGAGGAGGCUCGCACGAGGGACAACUCUGGCGCUUCGUCCGCGGUCGACGCCAAGGCGAACACGCUGCGUCAGCGCAAGUCCGGCAGCGUCGCCCCCACGCGCCAGCAGACCAACGCACCGCCCGCGCCCCGCCAGCGGUCGUCGUUUGUGAAAAAGUCGAUGCUGGCCCUGUUGACCUUUUUCGUCUCGGGUCUUUUCCACGAGUACCUCAUCCUCUUUGCUGCGCCCUACCACUUUGGCUGCGAGACUGCCUUUUUCAUGUUCAAUGGUCUCGGUACUGUGCUGUCGAGCGGUCUGGAGCGUUUCUUCCCCAAGAUCAGCAACAAGAUUCCCGGCUGGGUGCGCUACAUUGCGAUGCUGACCUUUUAUGCAUCGGUGGGUUACCUCUUCUUUGCCCCGUUCAUCGAGGCCAACUUCUUCGCAAACUUCCAGGAACUGCUCUUUGCGGCCCUGCCUAGCGACGUGGCCAAGCCGCGCCCCAUGUUUGUAUACCUUUUUGGCAAGUAG